CGCAGCAUAUUUCCCCACUUUUGAUGUUCACGCGAGAUUUUCCGAGAGGAUAAGUUGAGGGAACAUGGCGGCGCCGUCUAAUUUGCUGAAGAACAAAGGCUCCCUCCAGUUCGAGGAUAAAUGGGACCUGAUGCGCCCCAUCGUCCUGAAGCUGCUGCGCCAGGAAUCCGUCACCAAGCAGCAGUGGUUCGACCUCUUCUCGGAUGUCCAUGCGGUCUGCCUGUGGGACGACAAAGGACCCGCUAAGAUCCACCAGGCGCUGAAGGAGGACAUCCUAGACUUCAUCAAACAGGCUCAGGCACGGGUGCUGAGUCACCAGGACGACACGGCGCUCCUCAAGGCCUACAUCGCGGAGUGGAGGAAGUUCUUCACUCAGUGCGACAUCCUGCCCAAGCCGUUCUGCCAGCUGGAGAUCACUCUGAUGGGCAAGCAGGGCAGCAACAAGAAGUCCAGCGUGGAGGACAGCAUCGUCCGCAAGGUGAGCCGCCACUCUGAGCAACAGAACCACCUGGUUAACGGGCCGACGUGAUUGGCUGCUGGACUCCAGACGCUCCCAGCUGCUCUCUGACCUCUCUGUUUUUUAAUUGUUUUUAAUAUCCUGUUGUUUACUGAUUUCUCUCUCUUUGUUUGCUGAUUUUUCUCAGUGAACUUGUGCUCCAACCCUGAGGACAAGCUGCAGAUCUACAGGGAUAACUUUGAGAAGGCGUACAUGGACUCCACUGAGAGGUUCUACAGAACCCAGGCGCCGUCCUACCUGCAGCAGAACGGAGUCCAGAACUACAUGAAAUACGCGGACUCGAAGCUGAGGGAAGAGGAGAAGCGAGCGCUGCGAUAUCUGGAGACGAGACGCGACUGCAACUCCGUCCAAGCUCUGAUGGAGUGCUGCGUAAAUGCUUUGGUGACGUCCUUCAAGGAGACCAUCUUAGCCGAGUGUCCAGGCAUGAUCAAACGAAACGAGACCGACAAGCUCCACCUCAUGUUUUCCCUGAUGGACAAGGUUCCCAGUGGCAUCGAUCCGAUGCUGAAGGACCUGGAGGAGCACAUCAUGAGCGCCGGCCUGGCCGACAUGGUGGCUACGGCCGAGACCAUCACCUCGGAUUCAGAGAAAUAUGUGGAGCAGCUUCUGACUCUGUUUAACCGCUUCAGUCGGCUGGUGAAGGAAGCCUUCCAGGACGACCCGCGCUUCCUCACCGCCAGAGACAAAGCGUACAAAGCUGUGGUGAACGACGCCACCAUCUUUAAGCUGGAGCUUCCCAUGAAGCAGAAAGGGGUGGGGAUGAAAACUCAGCCAGAGUCCAAGUGUCCGGAGCUGCUGGCCAACUACUGCGACAUGCUGCUGAGGAAGACGCCGCUGAGCAAGAAGCUGACCUCAGAGGAGAUCGAGGCCAAGCUCAAGGAAGUGCUUCUGGUUCUGAAGUACGUCCAGAACAAAGACGUGUUCAUGCGGUACCACAAAGCCCACCUGACCCGCCGCCUCAUCCUGGACAUCUCGGCYGACAGCGAGAUCGAAGAGAACAUGGUGGAGUGGCUCCGGGAAGUGGGGAUGCCGGCGGACUACGUCAACAAGCUGGCCCGGAUGUUCCAGGACAUCAAGGUGUCCGAGGAUCUCAACCAGUCCUUCAAGGAGAUGCACAAACACAACAAGCUGGCGCUGCCAGCGGACUCGGUAAACAUAAAGAUCCUGAACGCGGGCGCAUGGUCGCGCAGCAGCGAGAAGGUGUUUGUGUCUCUGCCCACGGAGCUGGAGGAC